AAUUUUGUUAAAAUUUCUCAUUGCAGUGUGCUACUCAUAAUUAAAAAAAAAAUUUAGUGAAUCAUUAAACUUAUAGAAACAUAAGCAAAACUGAAAACAAUUUGCGAAAAUAUAAUGGCAGAUUGGGCAAAAAAAGCCGAAGAUCAGGAAAUAUCUAAGUUAGUUGAUAAACUAGAUUUGGAAGGAGCAAAGACUGGAACAAGCGAUGAAGCGAACAAAGACGUAUUCACACCACCUGCUUCUGAUGAAUCUAAGAAGAAAGGAGAAAAAUCUGAUAAUAAUGACUUAAAUUCACGUGAAACUGCUACAACAUCUGAAGAAACAGCAUCAAACGAGGAGGCACAAGAUAUUGCUACUCCAGCCGAAACAAGUCUUUUGAUGAAAAUUAUUCGUAAGGGUGUAGUUGAGACCAAACUAGAUUUAGAAAUUCAACGUAAAGAUCCUACUUCACCUUUAUAUUCGGUGAAAAGUUUUGAAGCAUUACAUUUAAAACCUGAACUAUUAAAAGGUGUUUAUGCUAUGGGCUUUAAUGCACCUUCGAAAAUCCAAGAAACAGCGUUGCCAACUUUGUUAGCUGACCCUCCACAAAAUAUGAUCGCACAAAGUCAAUCUGGUACUGGUAAAACAGCUGCCUUUGUUCUAGCUAUGUUAAGCAGAGUUGACACAUCUCUUAAUUAUCCACAAGUAAUUUGUCUUUCACCGACAUAUGAAUUAGCAAUUCAAACAGGUGAAGUAGCAGCAAAGAUGGCUAAAUUUUGUCCUGAAAUCAAACUUAAAUAUGCAGUCCGAGGUGAAGAUCUGUACCAAGGUAAGAUAAACGAGCACAUAUUAAUUGCAACUCCAGGAAAAAUAAUGGAUUGGGGCCUAAAAUUCCGCGCAUUUGAUUUGAAAAAAAUUCGUGUUUUUGUCUUAGAUGAAGCGGAUGUUAUGAUUGCAUCUCAAGGUCAUCAUGAUCAAUGUAUAAGAAUUCACAAACAGCUGUCGAAGCAGUCUUGUCAAAUGAUGUUUUUCUCAGCUACCUACGAAAAAGAUGUUAUGGAAUUUGCACAGUAUAUUGUUCCAAAUCCAAUUAUUAUUCGACUGAAACGAGAACAAGAGUCGUUAGAUAACAUAAAACAAUAUUACGUUAAGUGUAAGAAUCAAGAGGAAAAAUAUCAGGCGAUUCAGAAUAUAUAUGGCAGUAUAACAAUUGGUCAAGCUAUAAUAUUGUGUCAUACAAGAAAAACAGCUGGCUGGUUGGCCGGUAAAAUGUCUUCAGAUGGUCAUUCCGUUGCGAUUUUGUCAGGAGAUUUAACAGUUGAACAACGUUUAGCAGUUUUAGAUCGUUUCAGAGCAGGCUUGGAAAAAGUGUUAGUGACAACUAAUGUCUUUUCAAGGUGUAUCGAUGCUGAGCAAGUCACCAUUGUGGUAAACUUUGAUUUACCAAUGGAUGCUAGAGGUAAAGCAGAUUGUGAAACUUAUUUGCAUCGAAUCGGGCGUACUGGACGUUUUGGAAAAAUUGGUAUAGCUAUAAAAAAGUUAGACAAUGUAUAUGAUUUUAAAUUUAAAUAAAAUAUUAAUUUACCUAAGAGAAUACAAGUAUUAGCGUAACAAGGAAACAAAAAUUCCUUAGUCAUUUUACGAAUUUGUUUA